AUGCCUGCCUAUGAAGUCAGCUUAAUAACACGGUCCCUUUCUAAGGCAGAUCUUGUUAAAGCGCUAGUACGUGCUGGGCAAACUUUGCUGGAUAACGGUGGUGUUAUUGAAAGUGUCGAAUCGCUUGGAUUUCGGGAUCUUCCGUUUAAGAGGAUCGCAAAACAGACUCAUGAGCCAGUUUACGCUUCGAAUUUCUUCUUGUUCAACACCCAUAUGUCAAUCGAGGCCAGAAAGAUUGUAAAGUCGAUUUUCUUCCACGAUCUUGAUCUGAUGCAUGUAGCGAUUGUACCAUUAGUCUCUCCUUCCACACCUAAAAAAUGUAACUUUGAAGAAUUUUUUAAACCUCCUAGCCAGCGUCAGUCCGUGAAAGACCUUCGAGAAGGACAGAAAAUGGGUCAUUUUACGCGACAAAUGAUCUAUAGACGUACCGAAAAAGAAUGGAAGAGUAUUCCGAAGAGCUAUCCUAUCUCUCCACCUCGUCCUUGA